UUAGAACAUUUUGAGAAAAUUAGCUUCCUAUUCUACCCUGCAAUAAACACUGUAUUUUUUAUACUGUUUUCAGGAUAUAAACCAUACAUCAUAUCAAGGGAUGAAGAACCUGUUGAGAUGCAGAAUGCAUUUGGUGAGGUGAUUUCAGUUGGAGGACUUAGGAAGGUCUUGUUUGACACAGGCAAUGAAGUUGGCACUGGCAUAUCCAGAGAGCUUCUGUUGAAGUUGAACCUGCAACCUGAUCCCAACAAGAAAAAGAAAGUUGAAUUAAUAGGAGGAGAGUCACGUGAGUUUGAAACCACACAAAUUGAGCUCGUAGUUCGAGGACACCAUCUUAGUGCUUGUGGAUUGGUUGAUGCCGUGGCUAAGGAUACUAAUCUUCUUGUGGGAAUGGAUGUCAUUCAGCAGCUGUAUGUUAAGGGUAUACUAUUGGUAACUAACCUAUGGUAUAUUUUAAGAAUUUCUAAAAUGAUGAAUGCCCUUUGCAGCAAACUCCCAGUCAAUAUGAAGGUUGUUUAUAGAUGAAGAUGUGUACCAGAUCAUUUUGGUAAACAUGGGUUUUUCAAUUUUUUUCUUUUUUUUGUAAGGUCUAUUUGAUAGAAUCCUGAAGCCGUUCUUAAUGUUAGAAAGCACGAAACAGGCUGCAUUAUGCAGGCUUACCAAUGAAUAAAGCUUCCACAUUUUUUCUCCUGGACAGUCAGAAUGCAAUAUAUAGCUUACAUUUAUAAUUACUUUUAAUAAUAAUAUCUUUAGGUUGUCUUUUUAACUUAGGUAGUUCUCCAAGUUCUUGGUAAUUGAUUAUUUACAAAGGCCACAAGUUGAUCUGUUUCUAUACUGUUUU